AUGAAGCCCAAGGUUUAUCAAUUCCUCGUCGGAGUGUUUGCGUCCUUUGGGUCGCUCCUCUUUGGUUAUGAUCUGGGUGUUAUUGCCCAGGUUAUCGCCUCUGAAUCAUAUCAGAGACUUUUCAACACAGAUCCUGGCAAGUCUGAUACUGGUGCUGUAGUUGCCCUCUUCACGGCCGGCGCCUUCUUCGGAGCCGGAUUCGCUGGCCCUACCACCGAGUACACCGGUCGACGAUGGACCAUCACCAUCGGUUCCGUCAUUUUCAUGCUUGGAGGUGCUCUCCAGACUGCAGCGCCAGCGAUCUCAUAUCUGAUGGCAGGCCGUUUCCUCGCCGGUCUCGGUGUUGGAUUCCUUACAAUGAUCAUUCCUCUCUACCAAGCCGAGAUUGCUCAUCCUUCGAUUCGAGGCCGAGUCACCGCCCUCCAGCAAUUUAUGCUGGGUAUUGGAGCCCUCAUUGCCUCGUGGACUGGCUGGGGCACAUUCACCCACUACACUGACAACCGACAAUGGCGCAUUCCUCUCGGUAUCCAGAUCAUCCCUGCCGUCCUUCUCGGUGCCUUGAUCUUCGUUUUCCCCGAGUCCCCCCGUUGGCUUAUGGACCAGGGCAAGCAGGAAAAGGCCCUCUUCACCCUGGCUCGCCUCCACUCCAACGGCAACGUUGACGAUCCUUGGGUUCGCGCCGAGAUGGAACAGAUUCAGGAAAGCAUCGCAGACGAGCAUGCCAACGAGGCCAAGUCCUACUUCGAGCUUUUCAAGAACCCUUCUUGCUUCCGCCGUCUUUUGAUUGCCUGCGGUCUUCAAGCCUCGAUCCAGAUGACUGGUGUAUCGGCCAUCCAGUACUAUUCGGUCCAGAUCUACGCUCAAGCUGGAAUCAAUGCUGAGGAUGCUCUCAAGUAUCAGGCCAUCAACUCCAUUAUUGCUCUUAUCGCCCAGGCUCUUUGCAUUGCCUUCAUUGACCGAUUCGGCCGCCGAUGGACUCUUAUCUGGGGUAACCUCUUCAACAUGCUUACCUUUAUCAUCGCCACCAUUAUGCUGGCCGUGUAUCCUCCUGGAUCUGGUAACCCUGCUCAGGGCUGGGGCUUUAUCAUCGUUACUUGGGCAUACAACUUCUCCUUCUCAGCAACCUGUGGACCUCUUUCUUGGAUCAUCCCCGCCGAAAUCUUCGAUACCCGCACCCGAGCCAAGGGUGUCUCUCUUGCUACCAUGACCUCGUUCGCAUUCAACACUAUGAUCGGCCAGGUUACCGGUAUUGCUAUGGAAGCAGUCGGCUGGAAGUACUACCUCCUUUUCGUCAUUGGAAACUUUACCAACGCCCUCUGUGUCUGGGCCUUCAUCCCUGAGACCAAGAAGCUGCCGCUUGAGGAGAUGAACUAUCUCUUCACCAACGCCCCCUGGUUCGUUCCUUUUGUCGACCGAAGCCAGUACACUGCCGAUUACCAGGCCGAUCUUGCUCGACGGGCUGAGAGGUUUGACGAGAAGCUGGCUGCUGAGCACGAGACUGGAGAGCACGUUUCCAGGACCUAA